AUGCCCGCCAUCGACGCAGCCGCGCCCGUCGAGGUGUCGGAGGACGUCCGAGUCCUAGGCUACGACCCCUUGAUUCCUCCGGCCCUCCUACAGAGCGAGAUUCCAGCUUCACAGGCGUCUCUCGAGACAGUGGCCCGCGGCCGAAGAGAAUGUAAAGAAAUCAUCCACCAACGCGACGACCGGCUCCUGGUCAUGGUCGGCCCCUGCUCGAUCCACGAUCCGGCCACGGCCCUCGAAUACGCCGAGCGACUGAAGAAGCUGGCUGAAAAGCUCUCGUCAGACCUGUGCAUUAUUAUGCGUGCAUACCUCGAGAAGCCGCGCACGACGGUCGGCUGGAAAGGCCUGAUCAACGACCCAGACAUUGACGAGUCCUACAAAAUUAACAAGGGCCUGCGGGUGUCGAGACAACUCUACUCUGACCUAACCAACAUGGGCAUGCCGAUUGCCAGCGAAAUGCUGGACACCAUCUCCCCCCAGUUCCUAGCAGACCUGAUCUCCCUGGGUGCUAUUGGCGCCCGGACCACCGAGUCCCAACUGCACCGCGAGCUUGCCUCCGGUCUGUCCUUCCCCAUAGGCUUCAAGAACGGCACGGACGGCUCGCUCAGUGUUGCCAUUGACGCUGUGGGCGCCGCUGCUGCCAAACAUCAUUUCAUGGGUGUCACCAAACAGGGCCUGGCUGCCAUUACGAAGACGAGUGGCAACGAAGACGGCUUCGUCAUCCUGCGUGGUGGAUCCAAGGGUACCAACUACGACGCCGAGAGUGUCAAGGCUGCUCGAGAAGCGCUCCGGAAAAAGGGUCAACGCGAAGUCAUGAUGAUUGACUGCUCGCACGGCAACUCUAAGAAGGACCACAAGAACCAGCCCAUCGUUGCACUGACGAUUGGCGACCAACUAAGACAGGGCGAGGACGCCAUUGUUGCUGUGAUGAUCGAGUCGAACAUCAAUGAGGGCAGCCAGAAGGUCCCUCCGCAGGGUGGCCUCGCGAACCUCCAGAAGGGUGUCAGCAUCACUGACGCCUGCAUUGACUGGGACACCACGGUUGAGGUGCUGGAGCAGCUUGCCGAUGCUGUCCGCACGAGACGACAAGUCAAGGCGAAGCAGCAGAACGGUACGAAUGGUGUGAAUGGGCACCACUGA